AGUGGUCGGAAGACGCACAUGCGCACGUUCGAUAUUGAUCAGUCCACUCUCGGCAAACACGCUCAGUCGUCGGCGAGUGUCGUUGCGAUAUAGUCAUUGCCAUGCAUGAUCGUUCGAUAUUAAGACCCUUUGAACCCACGACGGAUGGCUGGUACUACAGUAUCCAGUUGAACCGUUGGCUGUUGAAACCGAUCGGCGCUUGGCCGCUGUCUCUCUGCGAAACCACAACGGAGAAGAUUAGCUGUGUGAUCCUGAUAAUAAACAGUUACUUCCUUAUAGGAUUCCUGCUGGUCCCAUGCACGCUCUGCACGAUCCUGGUGGCGACCGAUCUCGACAGCAAGCUCCGGAUGAUCGGUCCGCUCAGCUUCGUCCUCAUGGCCACGGUGAAACAUUGCAUCCUCACUGCCCGCAAUGGGAACAUCGGAGAGUGCAUUCGGCACGUCCAUUCGGACUGGAGCCGCGUCGGUCUGGGCCAAGAGAAGGACCGAGAGAUUAUGUUCGACUGUGCCCGAUUCGGCAGAUGGUUGUCCUUCAUCAGCGCGACCUUCAUGUAUUCCGCUGGCUUGUUUUACAACGGGCUGAUGCCGCUCUUAGCGGAAAGAACGGAGCUCAUCGACAACGAGACAGUGAGGCUGCACCCCUACCCGACCUACCGCGGCCUCUUCGACUCGCGGGAUAGCCCAUCCUUCGAAAUCGUACAGUUCCUGCAAGGUCUGGCCGGUUACGUCCUUUACACGAUCACCAGCGGAGUUUGCAGUCUGAUCGCGGUUUUCGUCAUGCACGCAUGCGGACAGUGCCAGAUUCUCAUGCUGAAGAUGGAGGACCUCGUGGACAGUAAAGAGAGGAAAAGUGCCAACUGUACGCCCGAUGGAAAACUCGGCGACAUCGUUAAGUGUCACAUUAGGAUACUUAGUUUCAUCACUCGCACUGAGGAACUUUUGAACGAGAUUUGCCUCGUGGAUGUAGUCGGAUGCACGCUGAACAUAUGUUUCGUAGGAUUUAAUAUGAUGACGGAAUGGGAACAUCGCGGAACUGUAGGAUCGAUGACAUAUUGCUUACUAGGCAUAUCUUUCACAUUCAAUAUAUUUAUCCUUUGUUACAUCGGGGAGCUUUUAACCGAACAGUGUAUACAGAUCGGAGUAAAAUCUUACAUGAUAGAUUGGUACCGUAUACCGGGUAAAGGAGCACUCGGUUUAAUGUUAGUGAUGUCCAUGUCCAAUACCACGAUUAAACUCACAGCCGGCAAAUUCAUGGACUUAUCUUUGGCCAGUUUCUGCAGCGUGAGUAUAGAAAUCCAUUAAUGAAGUGUUAAUCACGUAGCGUGAGAAAAAUAAACGCGAGAGAAAUCAAAUCACAUUUUAGGUCAUGAAAGCGUCACUAGCUUACCUAAAUUUACUUCGUACCUUUAAGAUUUGAUAUAACAUCCUUCUCGUUACCGUGUGUAUCAUAACAAUGACAAAAAACUAACGUACGUAAUAAAAGUUAAAUAUGCGUUAGCUAAAAUAUCUAUUUGCCACUGAAUCAUGUU